AGUUUUGUGGCUCUCGCGAGCCAGCCACAUAGGCAGGGCUGCGGGGGGGGGCGGCGGGCGCGGCGCCGCCUGCGAGCUGCACAGGCCCCGGCAUGGUGCAGCCGAUGCGCGUCACCGCCGACGACGGCGUCGCCUCGGCCAAGAUCCUGGCCACGGCACGGCUCGCGGGGCUGCAGGUCGAGCUGGCCAAGGGGCAGGCGCGGACGCCGAGCGGCAUCCCGAUCCCGGAGCUGCACCUGCCGAGCGGCUCCAGCGUGAAGCACACCAACGCAAUCUUGCGACACCUUGCGCAGGUGACCGAGGCCGGCCUCAUGGGCCGCACUUUUGCCGAGGAGGCGCAGGUGGACAGCUGGCUUGAGUGGUCCAUGCUAGAGGUGGACCACACGGUGCUCGACGGCGAGGACGCCCCGAUGGGCCCCAUCUGCGAGGUGUUGGAGGC